GCCAGCCCCGCCCCGGCCCCCCGCGGGGCCCCCCAGCUGUCUGGGGCUCAGACGGGAGCGCCGCGGCCACCGCGAGAGGGGACGGGGCGCGCUGCGGGCGACUCCGAGCGGCACGGUUGCUCCGAGACGCGGAGGCGCGGGAGGACGCGUCCACCGGGGCCGCCCGCACCGGGCACUUCGGGCCGCCACUGCAGCCUCGGGGGCGCCGGGUGUCUGGGCAGAAGCGAACCGGGCCGGUGACUGCGAGCGGCGGGGGCGUCCCGUCCAGCUCGGCGAAGGGAGGGCAGCGGCAGGUGGAGACGCCGGGGGGCCCCGGCCGGCACGAAGGCGGCGAGUCGGGUGUGCCAUGGAGGCUCGGGGCGGCGCGGGGCGGCGCGGGGCCCAGUGAGGCGCCCGGGCCAUGUACGGCGACGUGUUCAACGCCACGGGCGGCCCCGAGGCUGCGGGCGGCGGCGCGCUGGCCCUGGCGGCCACGGUCAAGGCGGAGGGCGCGCUGCCGCUGGAACUGGCCACGGCGCGCGGAAUGCGGGACGGCGCGGCCACCAAGCCCGACCUGCCCACCUACCUGCUGCUCUUCUUCUUGCUGUUGCUCUCCGUGGCGCUCGUCGUCCUCUUCAUCGGAUGCCAGCUGCGCCACUCGGCCUUCGCCGCGCUGCCCCACGACCGCUCGCUGCGCGACGCCCGCGCGCCCUGGAAGAUGCGGCCGGUGUAGCGCCCCGGGGAG